AUGCGCACUAGCGGGCUGUCCGCCGUUUCAUCUCCCUCAGGCCCCGCCCCCUCGGGCCACGCCCUUUCCGACCUCCGCUCCUUGCCCCGCCCGCGCAUGCGCAGCGGCCGCAUUUCCCGUGACGCUCCGCGGCGCGGGCGUUUUGGAAGAAAUGCGGGCGUCGGGUCGUCCGGUUGUCUGGAAGGAUGCUCUUCUACGAGCUGGUGCGUGUGGCGGCGACCAGGCAAGUGGGGCAGGCGGCUCUCGGAAGACUCGAGCCGUCACCAGCUGCUGCAGAAGUGGACAAGCAUGUGGAACUCCGUGAGCGGGGACGCGUCGGUGGCCUGUGCAAAGGGGACGCGGCGCGAGGAGACUGCGGAGCCGGCCGAGGAGGAGGAGGAGGAGGAGGAGGAGGAGGACAGGCCACUGGUGUUUCUGUGCUCCGGCUGCAGGCGGCCGCUGGGCGACUCGCUGAGCUGGGUGGCGGGCCAGGAGGACGCCAACUGCAUCUUGCUGCGCUGUGUUUCCUCUAAUGUUUCUGUGGAUAAAGAACAGAUACUAUCCAAACGUAAAAACGAAAAUGGUUGCAUUCUGGAGACUUUGUACUGCACAGGGUGCUCACUCAAUCUUGGCUACGUAUAUAGAUGCACACCCAAGAAUCUAGAUUACAAGAGAGACUUGUUUUGCCUCAGUGUUGAAGCCAUUGAAAGUUAUAUCUUAGGAUCCUCGGAAAAGCAAAUUGUGUCAGAAGAUAAAGAACUUUUUAAUCUUGAAAGCAGAGUUGAAAUAGAAAAGUCUCUGAAGCAGAUGGAAGAUGUUUUGAAAGCAUUACAAAUGAAGCUGUGGGAGGUUGAAUCAAAAUUGUCCUUUACCAGUUGCAAAAACUGAAAUCUCUUCCAAGCCCCCCACUCUGGACUCCCUGCUGAUGGACACUUCUUUCAUAUGCAGCAAUUCUGGUUCUCAUUUGAUUUCACUUAGAAUGGAAGGAAUUCUAAGUGGCCGUAUGUAUAUGUGGUGUUCUCUUGUGUUGACUAAGUGAGAAGGAUUUCAGAAUUACUUUUAUGGAUAUAGUAAAUGGUUAAAAGGA